AUGUCAAAACCAAAAGACAAUCCGUUUGAAGACGAAAGUGCUCUAAUAGACUUGGAUUUAAAUAGUUUUAAUCCACAACAUCAUUAUCCACAACAUAAUCAAGAUAAUCCCUUUAAUGAUCGAUUUAUCAUUUCAGACGAUGAAGACGAAGAAAUUGAAGAUUUUCAAACACCAAUAAUAACUUCAAAACCUAAACCAACUAGUUAUAAACCAUAUGAAUCACCUAAAGAAGAAAAACCACCACGAGAUUUUGACAUUACUCAUAUUUAUCGAAAAUUUAAAAAUAAACUAACGGGCAAUAAACAUUCAAAACUUGAAUCAAGAAAACCAAGAGAAAUAUUUAUAUUAAAUCAUUCAGCUAAUGCUUCUUCUGGAUUUUUUGGAAAUCAUAUAUCAACAACUAAAUAUAAUAUUGCAACUUUUUUACCUAAAUUUUUAUUUGAACAAUUUAGUAAAUAUGCUAAUUUAUUCUUUUUAUUUACAUCAAUUAUACAACAAGUUCCACAUGUAUCACCAACGAAUCGAUAUACAACUAUAGGAACAUUAAUAGUAGUGCUAUUUGUAUCUGCAGUAAAAGAAAUAUCAGAAGAUUUAAAAAGAGCAAAUGCUGAUAAAGAUUUAAAUAAUACAAGAGUAUUGGUACUAGACCCUGCAUCUGGUGAUUUUGUACUGAGAAAAUGGGUAAAAGUACAAGUUGGAGAUGUAGUAAAAGUAAAUAAUGAAGAACCAUUUCCUGCAGAUUUAGUAUUAAUAAGUUCUUCAGAACCUGAAGGUUUAUGUUAUAUUGAAACUGCUAAUUUAGAUGGUGAAACAAAUUUAAAAAUAAAACAAUCAAAACCAGAAACAUCAAAUUUAAAAAGCUCCACCGAAUUAAUAAGAGGAUUAUCUGAUGUAGAAAUAAUAUCAGAACCUCCAAAUUCAUCAUUAUAUACAUAUGAAGGUAAUUUAAAAAAUUUUGAACAUGGUCCAGAUAUUCCUUUAACUCCAGAACAAUUAUUAUUAAGAGGUGCUACAUUACGUAACACACAAUGGGUAAAUGGUGUUGUUAUAUUUACAGGUCAUGAAACGAAAUUAAUGAGAAAUGCAACAGCAACACCAAUUAAAAGAACAGAUGUUGAAAGAAUUAUAAAUUUACAAAUUAUUGCAUUAUUUUGUGUAUUAAUUGUAUUAGCUUUAAUAUCAUCUAUUGGAAAUGUUAUCAAAACGACAGCUAGUAAAAAUGAUUUAAAUUAUUUAUAUUUAGAAGGUACUUCAAUGGCUAAAUUAUUUUUUCAAGAUUUAUUAACUUAUUGGAUUUUAUAUUCAAAUUUAGUUCCAAUAUCUUUAUUUGUUACAGUUGAAUUAAUUAAAUAUUAUCAAGCAUUUAUGAUUGGAAGUGAUUUAGAUAUGUAUUAUGAAGAAACUGAUACACCAACAGGAGUUAGAACAUCUUCAUUAGUUGAAGAAUUGGGGCAGAUUAAUUAUAUUUUUAGUGAUAAAACUGGUACAUUAACUAGAAAUGUAAUGGAAUUUAAGGCUUGUUCAAUUGGAGGAAGAUGUUAUGCUGAAGAAAUACCAGAAGAUGGUUAUCCUCAAAUAAUUGAAGGUAUUGAAAUUGGUUAUCAUACAUUUGAUGAAUUGAAAACUGAUGUUUUAAAAAUUGAUUCACAACAAUCAGCUAUAAUUAAUGAAUUUUUAACUUUAUUAAGUACUUGUCAUACUGUAAUUCCUGAAAAUAGAGAAAAUGGAGAAAUAAAAUAUCAAGCUGCAUCUCCUGAUGAAGGCGCAUUAGUUCAAGGAGCUGCUGAUUUAGGAUACAAAUUUAUAAUCCGUCGUCCUAAAACUGUUACAAUAGAAAAUACAAUAACCAAUAAUCAAUCAGAAUAUGAAUUAUUAAAUAUUUGUGAAUUUAAUUCAACAAGAAAAAGAAUGUCUGCCAUAUUCAGAUGUCCUGAUGGAGUUAUAAGAUUAUUUUGUAAAGGUGCUGAUACAGUAAUAUUAGAACGUCUUUCAAAAAAUGAACCACAACCAUUUAUUGAUUCAACUUUAAGACAUCUUGAAGAUUUUGCAGCUGAAGGAUUAAGAACCCUUUGUAUUGCUUCAAGAAUUAUACCAGAAAAUGAAUAUAAUGAAUGGUCAAAAAAAUAUUAUGAAGCUUCUACAUCAUUACAAAAUCGUAGUGAAAAAAUGGAUGAAAUUUCUGAACUAAUUGAAAAUAAUUUAUUUUUAUUAGGUGCUACUGCAAUUGAAGAUAAAUUACAAGAUGGAGUACCUGAAACUAUUCAUACUUUACAAAGUGCAGGUAUCAAGAUAUGGGUAUUAACUGGUGAUCGUCAAGAAACUGCUAUAAAUAUUGGAAUGUCAUGUAAAUUAUUAAGUGAAGAUAUGAAUUUAUUAAUUAUAAAUGAAGAAAAUAAAAAUGAUACAAGAUUAAAUUUACAAGAAAAAUUAACUGCUAUACAAGAACAUCAAUUUGAUGUUGAUGAUGGAUCAUUAGAAUCUUCAUUAGCUUUAAUUAUUGAUGGUCAUUCAUUAUCUUUUGCUUUAGAACCAGAUUUAGAAGAUUUAUUUAUUGAAUUAGGUUCAAGAUGUAGAGCUGUUAUAUGUUGUCGUGUUUCACCAUUACAGAAGGCUUUGGUGGUGAAAAUGGUUAAACGUAAAAAGAAACAAUCUUUAUUAUUAGCAAUUGGAGAUGGAGCCAAUGAUGUUUCAAUGAUUCAAGCAGCUCAUGUUGGAGUUGGUAUAAGUGGUAUGGAAGGUAUGCAAGCAGCGAGAAGUGCAGAUAUUUCAAUUGGACAAUUUAAAUAUUUAAAAAAACUUUUAUUGGUUCAUGGAUCUUGGUCAUAUCGUCGUAUAUCAAAUGCUAUAUUAUAUUCAUUUUAUAAAAAUAUAGCAUUAUAUAUGACUCAAUUUUGGUUUGUUUUCACAAAUGCAUUUUCAGGUCAAUCAAUAGCAGAAUCCUGGACUUUAACAUUUUAUAAUGUCUUGUUUACAGUAUUACCACCAAUAGUAUUAGGAGUAUUUGAUCAAUUUGUAAGUGCAAGAUUAUUAGAUAGAUAUCCUCAAUUAUAUCAAUUAGGUCAACAAAGAAAAUUUUUUAAUGUUGCAGUAUUUUGGAGUUGGAUUAUAAAUGGAUUUUAUCAUUCAGCUGUUAUAUUUUUAUGUUCAUUUUUUAUUUAUAGAUAUGGAAAUAAUUUAUCAAAUGGUUUAACUACUGAUAAUUGGAGUUGGGGAGUUGCUGUUUAUACUACUUGUACUUUAACUGCUUUAGGUAAAGCAGCAUUAAUAGUAACUAUGUGGACUAAAUUUACAUUAAUUGCAAUACCUGGUUCAUUUAUAUUUUGGUUAUGUUGGUUUCCAGCUUAUGCAACUAUUGCACCAUUAAUUAAUGUAUCAGAUGAAUAUAGAGGAGUUUUAUCAAAAACUUAUCCAUUAUUAACUUUUUGGACAAUGAUAUUUGGUGUAUCAAUAUUAUGUUUAUUAAGAGAUUUUGCAUGGAAAUUCUACAAGAGACAAAUGGAUCCAGAAAGUUAUCAUUAUGUUCAAGAAAUUCAAAAAUAUAAUAUACAAGAUCAUAGACCAAGAAUGGAACAAUUUCAAAAAGCUAUUAGAAAAGUAAGACAAGUUCAAAGAUUAAAAAAAAUAAGAGGUUAUGCUUUUUCUCAAGCUGAAGGUCAAGAUCAAGAUAAAAUUGUUAGACUUUAUGAUACAACAAGGAGGUGA